AUGCGAUACAGUUCUCACGGAAUUGAAUUUCAUUCUACCGAGCAAUACAUGAUGUAUCACAAAGCAAAACUGUUCAAAGAUGAAGAGAUAGCAGAUGCAAUCCUACACGCAGCAACUCCCGGCAAGUGUCGAGGAUUAGGAAGAAGGGUAAAGAACUUUGAAGCAGACGUAUGGUGGAAUAACCGAACACGAAUAGUUUCCGAAGGCAACUAUCUGAAAUUCACACAAAAUGCAACUUUGAAAGAUCUUCUGCUGAAUGAGCAAGACACACUAUUUGUAGAAGCAUCACCUUCAGAUGCUAUUUGGGGUGUCGGCUUAGCCGAAAACGAUCCGUUAACUAUUGAAUGUACCCCAUCAGCUAUGUUAUCAGUGCUCAUUCUCUCAUACUUAUACGACACUAAUCAUCUUUUCUAA